CUCUGAGAUUGAUUAACACAGUCUGUACAGCCUCAUGCUGCCACCCAGGAUGGCUGCUGUGUCCCACCCCCGGAGCAGCUGCAUUUCAGUGGAAGUCUAUGAAGAGGAUCAUGGUCUUGUUAACCCAUUGGAGGCGGACUCAGAGGAGACUCUUGACACGUGUACAGAAAAAAAUCAGGCCCCUACUCCAUAUAGCUGGAGUACUGAUUGGAGUUUUUGGCCUCUGCAAAUAAGAGGGGGGCUGGGCCAAAGAAGGGGACAUAAUGACACUAGUGCACAGACCUGUGCCUGUCAGUGGCCUGCUGGAAGAGUGCACUGGGCUUAUGAGACUCUCCUCUCCCGAGCAGCUCAGGGUGAAUGAAGAAGGGCAGAAAAUGAAUCUCUCAAGUUCCACUUACAAAUAUAGGAGUGAAGAGUUUAAGAGACAGUUUUCACAUCUGCCAGAUUUGGAGAGGCUCAUAGUAGAUUAUGCCUGUGCCCUCCAAAAGGACAUCUUACUGCAGGGACGCCUGUACCUCUCUGAAAACUGGCUCUGUUUUCACAGCAAUAUUUUUCGAUGGGAGACCACAAUUUCUAUCGCCUUGAAAGAUAUUACUUUUAUGACCAAAGAGAAGACUGCUCGCCUCAUUCCAAAUGCCAUCCAAAUUGCAACAAAAGGAGAGAAGUUUUUCUUCACAUCAUUCAGUGCUAGAGACAGAAGCUACCUCAGUAUCUUCCGCUUAUGGCAGAAUGCAUUGCUAGACAGGGCAAGGGCAGCUCCCAGAUUACUGCAUAAGGCAGCACAGUUUGGGGAGAAGAGACUGACAAAGCAGGAAUUCUGGCAGCUGGUCCACCAGAGCUAUGGCUCUGAGCUGGGCCUGAACACUGAGGAGAUGGAGAGCUUUCACUCGUCAUCUGAGGAUAAUGGGCCAUCUCAAUCCAGUGUGUGUGAUGAUUCUGGGGAAAAGGAUGAAAAAUUACCCAAAGCAAUUGGCCCCACUCGAGAACCUGUCACACAACCAAUAGAGGUUGAGCCACAAAAUGGAAAUGUGUUGCCGGGGGAAGAAUCCCAAAAUGAGAAGCCAGACAAGAGGAGCCCUUUUCUGGCUUCAGAAAGAAAACUUCUUAAUCUAAUCCGAAGCCGGUCCUCAGAAAAGUCGCUGGAUCUGAAUGAGAAUGAAAACUUCCAAGAGAAGAGCAGUGCUUCAGAUAGCAAUGACGAAGCCAAGGACACUCCUGAGAAUGACCUCCAAGGUAGACUUGUUAUAAACAGAGUUUUCCAUAUCAGUGCAGACAAGAUGUUUGAAAUCCUUUUCACCAAUUCCCACUUCAUGCAGAGAUUUUUCAGUUCCAGGAACAUAGUAGAUGCAGUAUCUACUCCUUGGAACAGAGAUGGCAGUGGAAAUCAAUUGAGGACUAUGACCUACACUGUUACGAUUAAUAAUCCACUCUGUGGCAAGUUCACAACAGCAACAGAAAAGCAGAUCCUGCAUAAACAGAGCCAUAAAGGACAGUCUUACCUGGUAGAUGCUGAGGUGUUGACGCACGAUGUUCCUUAUCAUGAUUACUUCUACACUGUGAAAAGAUACUGCAUCACCUGCAUGGCCAAUCAGAAAUGCAGAUUACGGGUAUCUGCAGAUGUGAAAUACAAGAAACAGCCAUGGGGCCUCAUCAAGUCUGUAAUUGAGAAGAACACUUGGGGAGGGAUACAGGAGAAUUUCAAACAACUUGGUGAGGGUUUGUCUUUUUUUGAAUCAGAUCUGCUAAUGGAGGAGUAUGCAAUAAAUCAAUCUCUGGAAGAUCCCGGCAAACUUAUUGCCAUCAGACGACGACGACGGACUUUACACCGGACUAUGGGAGAGUUGCUUCCCAGGCGUUCAUCCCAGCAUUCCUCAGGAGAUGUAUUGGAGUCCCAGGGCAAUGCAAUAGGAAGGAAAAGCGCCGCCACAAGUAGGACCACAGCCAUCAUUGUGGCAAUGAGUGUCUUCUUGCUGCUCUUAGUUUUGCUGAAUGUGACACUGUUCCUCAAACUGUCAAAGAUUGAGCAUGCAGCUCAGUCACUCUACCAUGUCCAGCUUCAGGAAGAGAACUCUUUAAACUUGGCUCCUGAUGUGGUAUCCAGAGAAGAAAUCCCUCAGUACGACAAGGAACAAGUUCAGCAUGUGAAGGGGGUAUUGCGGGACUCUAUUGCAAUGCUUGAGCAGCUGAAGACCUCCCUUUCUCUGCUCCAAAGAAGCUUUGACAACCUGAACAAGACCCAGAAUAGCAAGACGGAGAGUUAACCUCAUAAAAGCCUACACAAGAAUGAAGACGCGAGGGGUGGGGUUGGUGAGGUUGGGGGUUGACAUUCUGCUGUCUCAGGACUUUUUUUUAUAAUUUUUGCUCAGCAGGUGCCUCUAAUAAAGGUCUCUGGAUAAAACAAGGUGGAUUUGGAUCUCCCCUAGCUCUGAGAAACUUUCUUCAGUGCUCCCCUAAAUAUGCCUUUUGUUUUUCCUUGUGAACAAUGCACAGCUUGGAAUUCCCUAGUGUGAAUGAGUGGAAACUUUUUGUACUGUACGGUAACUGUGAUGUGCAGAUUACAAGAUGAAAACCAACCUUAGCAGAAUGUUUGUAUUUGAAUGAAGUCCAAACUUCGGAUUGCUAUGAAGAAUCUUACUUUGACAGAAAGAACGGGGCAGUUUGCACCUGCAGGAUAUUUGUAUGCUUCCUCUGAUGCAUCCUCUACAAAACAAGAUACAUUUUUUUAGAGGGCUUUUCAGUUUCAGUCAGCAUUAGCUGAAAUAUUCUCUGACUUUUUAGGUCUGUCUCUAUUCUAGCCCAUUUUCCCCUUUCCCGUGCCACACCUUUUUCCUAAGGAUCCCCAAGAAAGGUUUCCUCUCUUCUCCUUCUGUAAUUCCUAUCAAAGGUGAUGUUUUCUUAUCUCCUGGCCUGAACUUUCCCAAAUGGCUUCAGUGGGGAAACUGGAGGAGCAUUUUGGUCAACUUGGUGGUCUUUUUUGGUGCCUUUUUCUUGGUCUCUUUCUUUUUUUUCUUAUCAUGUGGGUAUUUCUAGAAUCAUGCCAGAUCUACAUUAUAGAAACAGCUAUGUGUAAUCAUCCUAGGCUGGGCUACAAACAAGUUUUUUGUAACUUAUAAGGAUGGGCUUUCAUGCCAGUGUAGACUUUGGUGGGGAGGAGCAUGACCAAGAUGCAUGUGAUUUCAAAUACAGGUUUCCCUCGCUUUAUACAGGUUCUAUAUUUGCUCUUAUGCGAUGACCCUUUUUAUACCAAAAAUUCGUUGUAUGUGAGGUAAAUUCACUGUGGCGGAAGCCCGCAGUCAGCUGCUUUGUGCGUUGCAUUGUGGGAGUGACGUGCACCAACAUAGUCUCCUGUCUAGAUCUGUGCUCUUUGCUCAUUGUCUGUGAUGUGUUUCUGUAGUUGUCAUUUCCACUAUGGUAACAUUCAUCACCACCCUGUGCUUGUGUGUACUGUCUGCUGUUGGUGAGUACCAAAAUUGUCUUGUAAGUGGUAGAAAUGGGUCUGGGGGUCAGUACAGUUGAAGUCUUGGAACAUAUCCCUAUUUGUUGCAUUGUAAAGUGAGUUCCCUUUAUGUGAAUUCGAGUUGUACGUGUGUUCCUGGAAAACAGUGCAUAGCAUAAAGCAAGGGAAACCUGUAUGUUGAAGAUGGCUGUUUUAUAACACAGGAAGGGCCACUGUUUUCUUCACUAGUUUACGUUAGGUUUGACUGGAACAAACCUGUUUACUGACCUGAUACAUAGUAUAGGACUUGAAUUUUUUUAAACAAUAUAUCAGGUUGAAACUUAGGCCCUCUUUUAAAUAACAGAUACUUUUCUCCCAUAGUCAAGGUUUAUCCCUGUCCUCUCAUCAGGUUAUAACUCGCUUUUAAUUUUUUCUAGUGCAGAUGAGAUUGCUUAAGUGUCUUUUACAACUAGAGUAAUUUGGCUGUAAUUUAUAUCUAAACUAACAGAGCUGUGUUACAACCUUUAUUGUCCUAGGAUUCUUGCCAGGUCUCCUGACAGGGCUAUAGUUGUAGUUAUUGUGAAAUAGAAGACAUGGCACUGUGUGGCAGUGGAAGUGUGAGCUCAGUGCUGUGCUCUGCAUCCACUCACUGAAACGGGCCAAGUUGGUGACACCUAUUAAGGUUAUUAUUUCCUGCUGUUGAUAUAUUGGUGUGUCCUUUCAUAUGUGGGUGGAUAUUAGCAGCUAAGAGGCGACUGAGGUUUGUCAACCAUUGAUUUGACUGAAACAUUCUGGAUUGUUUUUUGGCCAUACGUUAUACACUCAUGCCAAUAUGUUGUCACUGUGAAAAGCAAAACAAUCUGCUAGCAAUUUGUAUUGAUCAGGAAAGUUUUUUUUUUCUUUUUAGUUGCUCUUCUUCCCCUGCCACUUCCUCCCAUCCCCCUUUCCAGACUUUGCAACGUGAGCCUAGUUCUGUCUUUUUAUAGAAGGUUGUUUUAAUAGAUUUUUUUUCUCCCUAUUAUAAGUUCUUUCCAGAACGGUAGUGCUAUUUGGGAUGUUCUUGUUGAGAAGCUGCUGCUGUUCAGGUCAGUUCCCUAGGUGUCUUUUGAGUGUCAUUAACGGAGCCACUGUGUGGCCUAGAUUACACCCAGCUGCAUCUUU